AUGGCCUCUCAGGACGAGAAUGACCACCUGCCCGAGGAGACUCAGGGCUACAAGCUCUCUCAGCCCAAGCAGAGCUUGGCUGAAUAUCAGAAUAUGGAUGCCAACGACGAAUCGCUCCAGCGAUACAAACAGUCCCUCGGCCUAGGCGGCGGAAAGGAUCUAUCUGACCCCAACGAUCCUCGAGUUUGCAUUAUCCAGUCUCUAACUAUGGAGUCGCCCGGCCGUGAUCCUGUUACUAUCGACCUGUCUGCCCCUGGUAGCGAGACCACCCUUAAGGACCGUCCGUUCAAGAUUAAGGAAGGUUGCAAGUUUACUAUGGUCGCCACCUUCAAGGUCCAGCACGAAAUUCUCAGCGGUCUCCAGUACGUCCAAGUUGUCAAGCGCAAGGGUAUCAAAGUCAGCAAGGAUUCCGAAAUGUUGGGAAGCUAUGCUCCGAACACCGACAAGCAGCCUCUGUACAGCAAGCGCUUCCAAGAGGAAGAGGCUCCUACCGGCAUGCUUGCCCGAGGCCACUACAACGCCACGUCCAGCUUUGUCGACGACGAUAAGAACACUCAUCUGCAGUUCGAGUGGAGCUUCGAUAUCAGCAAGGACUGGUAG